CUAAAUUCCAAGGUCCAAAACCCACGAAACCAUCCCCAAACUGUCCGCUGUUAUUCACUUGGACGGCGGACCCUGUGAGAAAUGGAAGCAUAUUUGCUUUUGAUAAGCCUGCUCUCCAUGGGCAGUCUCUCCUUAAGCCAAGAAUGCCUACGAGAUAAGCUGGAGAAUGUCGACUUUCCGGGGACGGAUCUUAAAUUCCUGUAUUCUCCAGACGCGGAGCACUGUCAGCAUCUUUGCACUCAGCACCCGGGUUGUCUUUUCUUCACUUUUAUACGAGCUGACUGGACCAAAGAUGACAGGCACUUCUACUGCUACCUCAAGUCGACAUCCUCUGGACAGCCCAAGGUUCGGACACCCCUAAUGGGGGUCACCUCUGGUUUUUCCCUCAAAUCCUGCAGCCCAGACCCACAGCCCUGUCUGCCUCGCGUGUACCAGAAUGUGGACUUUCUUGGGGCGGACUAUCGGACCUUGUUCACGGCCGACUACGAGGAGUGCCAGAGAGUGUGCACUCAAGACCCCUCCUGCCAAUUCUUUACGUUUGUCAAUGCGGUCUUCAGUCCUGAGAAAAUCAGGUACAAGUGUCACCUGAAAUUCAGCUGGUCGCUACCGAGGACCCUAAACGUAAACAGAAAGGAUGGUGUGGCGUCUGGCUUCUCGCACCUAACCCAACUGACUCCCUACUCCGACACAGCAUGUUCUGUCAAACUCUUCCCGAGCACCGUCAUCCCCGGCAACCCCCUGGAGACGCAUCCUUCCGGCUCGCCUGAGCACUGUUUGGCCCUGUGCUCCGCGCACCCACGAUGCACCUACUUCUCCUACUACAGCAAUGCUCUCUCCUGUCACCUGAAGAACAAUCCCGAUGCCAUGGUGAUGAACGCGGAAGUAGGUGUGACGUCAGGGAUAGCGACACACUUCUGUCAGCAAGACACCAACUGGGCAAAGAAAACUCACGAGGGAGUCGAUUUUCAAGGUUCGGACAUCCGUUUUGAGCUGAUGGAUGACGCGGAGACGUGCCAAAAGACGUGCAGUGGGGAUGGAAACUGCCAGUUCUACACUUACGUCAAUGACAACUUCAGAGAACCUGCUUUCAGGCGCCGUUGCUACAUCAAACGUGUCAUCACCAUGCCGGCUCCUCCCAAAAUUAACAAACUGGCCAAUGUGGUGUCCGGCUUCCACUUGAGGAGUUGCGCUUAGAUGACAGCUAAACAUUGUUUCAGUAUUAUCUGUUUAGUCUCUUAAGGUGAGUCAUUUGCAUCCAUACAGUGACAUAUUGAACACACUGGGAGCUGAAACCAGCAACCUUGUGCGGUUUUCUGUCAGCAGAGGUUGCUCAACUCAAAUAAACCAUUCUGAUUUUUGGA